AUGUCUCACAGAAAGUACGAAGCUCCACGUCACGGUCAUUUAGGUUUCUUACCAAGAAAGAGAGCUGCCUCCAUCAGAGGUAGAGUUAAGUCUUUCCCAAAGGAUGAUAAAUCCAAGGCAGUCGCCUUAACUUCCUUCUUAGGUUACAAAGCUGGUAUGACUACCAUUGUCAGAGAUUUAGACAGACCAGGUUCCAAAUUCCACAAGAGAGAAGUCGUUGAAGCUGUUACAGUCGUUGAUACUCCACCUGUUGUUGUCGUCGGUGUUGUUGGUUACGUUGAAACCCCAAGAGGUUUGAGAUCUCUAACCACCGUCUGGGCCGAACAUUUAUCUGAUGAAGUCAAGAGAAGAUUCUACAAGAACUGGUACAAGUCUAAGAAGAAGGCUUUCACCAAGUACUCUGCUAAGUACGCUCAAGAUCCAGCUUCUAUUGAAAGAGAAUUAGCUAGAAUCACCAAGUAUGCUUCUGUUGUCAGAGUUUUGGUUCACACUCAAAUCAGAAAGACUCCAUUAUCUCAAAAGAAGGCUCACUUAGCUGAAGUUCAAUUGAAUGGUGGUUCCAUUGCUGACAAGGUCCAAUGGGCUAAGGAACACUUCGAAAAGACUGUUUCUGUUGACUCUGUCUUCGAACAAAACGAAUUGAUUGAUGUUGUUGCUGUCACCAAGGGUCACGGUUUCGAAGGUGUUACCCACAGAUGGGGUACCAAGAGAUUACCAAGAAAGACUCAUAGAGGUUUGAGAAAGGUUGCUUGUAUUGGUCCAUGGCAUCCAGCCCACGUUAUGUGGUCUGUUGCUAGAGCUGGUCAAAACGGUUACCACCACAGAACUUCUAUUAACCACAAGGUUUACAGAGUCGGUAAGGCUGGUGAUGAAGCUUCUGGUGCUACCAACUUCGACAGAACCAAGAAGACUGUUACCCCAAUGGGUGGUUUCGUUCACUACGGUCACAUUAACAAUGAUUUCAUCAUGUUGAAGGGUUCUAUCCCAGGUAACAGAAAGAGAGUUGUUACUUUGAGAAAAUCCUUAUACACUCACACUUCCAGAAAGGCUUUGGAAGAAGUUACCUUGAAAUGGAUUGAUACUGCUUCUAAAUUUGGUAAGGGUAGAUUCCAAACUCCUGCUGAAAAGCACGCUUUCAUGGGUACUUUGAAGAAGGAUUUAUAA